AUGCAGCUCAUAAAGCAGAAGUUACUGAAAUUUUGGGACGAAGGAUGGUUGGUGGGAUUUAUAUCAAAGCAUGACGCUUCGCAGUCCAUGAUGAUGUCAAGUCAUUCGACCUUCCUGCUGCGCUUCAGUGACACCCAGACGGGCGCAGUCAGCAUAGGAUUUGUGUGUGAGGAUGAUGAUGGUCAGAAAGUGCCUUUUCAUCUGGCACCAUUUUCCAUCAAGGAUCUCGACCAGCUUUCUCUAGCUCAGCGCAUAGCCAGCUGUCCUCAACUGAAGGAGAUUAAGCAUUAUUCAGAUAUCUCUAUCCUCACAUGGACAAGGAUGAGAUGCUGCGAUAUUUUGACAGCGAGGAGCGGAAUCGAGGUGGUCCUGACAGUCCGACGGGAUAUAUCCAGUCUGAAAAUAGUCAUGGUUGCAAAGACUACUAAUAAACCGUCGUCGUCCUCCGUUCUCAGCGGUGGAGACUCACCUUCGCCUCUAUCUGUGCAGUCGAAGUUGGACUGGUCUCCUGGGGAGGUGAUUCAGCCAAUUCAAUCAAUGGAUGUAGGAGAUGAUCUCGCCUCGAUGCUCUCAUCGUCCGGUCUUGACAGUUGCAGUGGCCAGGGAGACGUCGAAUCGCUGCUCGGUCCUGGUUUCAGACCACAAUUACCUUCUCAACCUCUCCAGCAUAUCGACCUGUCGUUCGUCGACUCUUACAAUAAUCCGGCAUUUUACCGGCACGAAUAG